UACCGAGGUUGGGGUCGUCGGGGACAAAAGCGAUGUCAAGAAGCAUGACAUCGGGGUCGAUAGGGAGGUACACUCUUUCCCACUCCGAAAGCGUGUCUUCGACCCUCGCCGCAAAGUGAGGAAUUGCAGCGAACUUGAGCAAUUACUUCAGAGAAUAACUGAAAUAAGAGGAUACACAAAAUUUGGACACUCGAAGGGGAGAAAUAGCAAGUCAAAGACAAAACAAAGCGAGAAAUUGAAGGUGGAAAGAAACCCUAACCUUCGCGAGAAAGAGAAGAGCAAAGGGAAAUCGUGCGGCACUAG